UGCUGUCACGGCACUCACUUCCCUGUCUCCAUUCCAUCUCCUAUCACAGCAAUGACAGCCAUGUCCGAGGUCGCCCUCCUCCUAGACACAGCACACUUUGCAGCUGAGAAGCACAAGAUGCAGAGGAGGAAGGACGUAGAAGAGACGCCUUAUAUUAACCAUCCCAUAGGUGUUGCUAGAAUAUUAUCUCACGAGGCUGGAGUCGGUGAUCUAGCUGUGCUACAGGCAGCUCUGCUACAUGAUACGGUGGAAGAUACGCACACAACGUUCCAGGAAAUCGAGGAGAGGUUUGGACUGGAGGUCAGGAAGAUUGUGGAGGAGGUGACAGAUGAUAAGACAUUACCGAGGAUGGAGAGGAAGAAGCAGCAGAUCGAACAUGCACCCCAGUGCAGCCACAAGUCCAAGCUGGUCAAACUAGCCGAUAAAUUGUACAACCUGCGAGACUUGAACCGUAGCACUCCGAAAGGGUGGUCAGAGAAACGAGUCAAAGAAUAUUUCCAGUGGGCUUUCCAGGUGGUAAACGGUCUACGAGGCACGAACACAACCAUGGAGCAAAACCUGGAUAAGCUAUUCAGAGACAGGGGGGUUGUGGCCUAACUCCACAGACGGACUAUUUGGAUGUCCGGGUGUCAAAAGACUGCAGUUUCAUGCCAUUGCACAACCUAUGCAGUGCCUGUA